GUUAUUUUUUUUUUAGUAACAAAUCCCUCCCCUCUCUACAAAUUUUUUUUUGCUUUCGCGUCUUUGUAAAUCGCCUCCAAAGAUAUUUCCACAUACGUGUAUAAAACAACGUAUUUUUUUUAAACGUCGUCGUGUCAACACAAAUUUAAAGGCGGCUACGGUGACUUUUUAUUUUUAAUUUUUACGCGCGCGCGCGUUGCUAAGCGCGUUGGCCUUGGGUUCGUCCGCCGCUUUGAGGGCCCCCUUCUCGGCCGUUCCCAGGCCCAGAUGGAUCGGAGCCUGGAUUGCCAAUGAAGACCAAAUUGAAAUCUGACCAAAAAAAAUAUCGGCGUAGUACCUUGCGUGCCCCAACGGAAUAUAACCCACGGCCUGCCAUCAAAACGGCGUAACUAAUUAAAGAGUAGCCGUCUCCCUUUGCGUGGAUUCUGUUUUCGGGGGGGAGGGGGGGGUGGGGCAGGGGUAGCGCGCGGGGAGCGGCGGCUUUCAAAAACGAUACGAUGGAUCUGGAACAAGCUUUAGAGCGCGUCCUUCAAAAGGACAUGAGCAAGCGCCUGCAGUUUGGGCCCGAUCUCGUGGAUUACUUCGGCGACUCGGAGCGCUCUUCCGACCUGGAGACGGACCCCGGCACGCUGGACAAGAUCGUCGACGGCCUGCUGGCGUGGGUCUCCACCAGCCACUACAAGGUUUGUCUUCUGGGAAUGGACGUCCUGGCUGUGUUGGCAGAGCGCUUACAAGAGAAGUUCAAAAACCAUCUCAAAUCAAUCGUGCCCGUGCUGUUGGACCGGCUCGGAGACACCAAGGACCAGGUUCGAGACCAGACACAGACUCUCCUGCUCGCCUUGAUGGAGCAAUGCGCACCCCCGCAGUUUGUUUGGGAGCGGCUGGUGCCGGGAUUCAAGCACAAGAACAACCGUGUGCGGGAGGGCACCUGCCUGUGCCUCACCACCACCGUCAGCACGUUUGGGGCCAAGUGCCUGACCCUCAGCAAAAUGGUCCCCUUCCUGUGUAGCCUCUUGGAGGACGCCAAUGGCCAGGUGCGGGACGCAGCGUUGGGCAGUCUGGUGGAAAUAUACCGGCACGUCGGCGAGAAAGUUCGCGCCGACCUGGCCAAGGGCAAGGGAAUCCACCAGGCUAGGCUCAACUCCCUGUUCGCCAGAUUCGAUGAAGUUCAGAGCUCUGGUACCAUGAUUGCUUCAGCAGGCAAGAGCUUCGAGGACGACGAUUCGGUGGACGGGAACCGCCCCUCCUCUGCCAGUUCCACCUCUUCCCGGACUCCGGCUCCUCGGCGCGCCACCUCCUCCUCUUCAGCCCGGGUUUCCAGCGCCGCCUUCAGCAAGACCCCUGCUGCGGCUUCCAAGGAAGGAGCCGGCGCUGUGGACGAGGACGACUUGACGCGCGUGUUUGAAGAAGUCGCUCUGGUGCACGUGCACUCCAGCCGGGAGCUGGAAGAGUCCAUCAGCGGUAUCCGUGACGUGCUGUGCGACGACAAGAACGACUGGGAGCAGCGCGUCGCAGCGCUGAAGAAGCUGCGGGGCUUGCUGCUGGCGGGAGCGGCAGAGCAGGACUCCUUCCCCGGCCACCUGCGCCUGCUGGAGCCGGCGUUCAAGCUGUCGGCCAAAGACCUGCGCUCGCAGGUGGUGCGGGAGGCCUGCAUCACGCUCGGGUACUUCUCAACCGUGCUGGGCAACCGGUUCGAUCACUGUGCCGAGACUCUCAUGCCCACGCUCUUCAACCUGGUGCCCAACAGCGCCAAGGUCAUGGCUACCUCCGGGGUGGCUGCCAUCCGCCUCAUCAUACGCCACACGCACACGGCGCGGCUCAUCCCGCUCAUCACCAGCAACUGUUCUUCCAAGUCUGUGGCCGUUCGACGGAGAUGUUUUGAGUUCAUGGACCUGUUGCUACAAGUCUGGCAGAUCAGCUCGCUUGAGCGGCACGUCACGGUGCUGUCGGACACCAUAAAGAAGGGCAUGCACGACGCUGAUGCUGAUUCCAGGGCGGAGGCCAGGAAGGCGUACUGGGGCUUCCGGACGCACUUCCCCUCCGAGUCUGAUGCCCUCUACGCGGCGCUGGAGCCCAAGUACCAGAAGUUGCUGAGCGGCUCUCAGCUGCACAGCUCCUCCAACUCUCACUUCGACCGCUCCGCCUCCAGCUCGCAGGAGAGCCUCACGAGGGUGGUGAUGCCCAAGCGCGUCCCCGUUCGGCAAGCCGACGUCCCGGCAUCACAAGCCGGAUCAGCGUCGGCGACGAGGCGGCGGUCGUCGGCGGUGGCGGCCGCGGCGGCGACGCCGGGCUCCGGCCUGCACCGCUCGCGCAGCGACAUGGACGUGAACGCCGCCGCCUGCGCCUCGUCGCGCAAGACCUUCGCUGUGCCGGCGCCCGUCUCCUCCGCCACGCUCGGCCGCGUGCGCUCGCGACCUUCGACCUGCGGGACCAUGAGCAGCCCGGCGACCCCCACGGACGCGCGGGGGCGGACGCGUGCCAAGGUGUCCCAGUCACAGCCCGGGAGCCGGUGCGGGUCGCCGGGCCGCGUCACCGGCGCCGUUCGGAGCGCCGCGGGCGCCGUGCCGGGCGGGGUGGCGCAGCGCGUGCCCGUGGUGCCGUCACCGGGCACGGCGCGCAAGCAGCACCGCGUGCCACGCAGCCAGGGCGGCAGUCGCGACAGCAGCCCCACUCGCUCCCUGCGCCUGUCACGUGGGAGCCGCAUCCCACGACCGAGCAUGAGCCAGGGCUGCAGUCGGGACAACAGCCGGGACGCCAGCCCCGUGCGGGGAUUCUCUGCGCUUGUGUCUCAACGGCACUCUCACUCCACCAGCUCUCUCUUCCCCUCCGACUCACUGCGCAAAACAGUGGCUGACCGGUUUGGGUUGGAUCAGGCAGCCUACCUUCCACCCUCCCUGCAAGCCAUGCGGGUCCUCAACACCAGCCCGGAGAUCGAAGCCGCCUUUGCGGACGCCCUGCUGUUCAGAGUGUCCAUCAGAAAGCAGCGGAAGCCGGUCCGGAAGCGCUACGACUACGGCCUCGGCUCGGACGACGACGCCAACAGCGAGACGUCGAGCAUGUGCUCGGAUCGCUCGUACAGCUCGCGCGGUGGCGGCGGCGGCGGCGUCGGCGGCUUGGGCACGGUGCUGGGUGCCCGCCCGGCGGAGGAUGUGGCCGAGGUGCUGAACCACUGCGCCAGCCCCAACUGGGCGGAGCGGAAGGAGGGACUCAUGGGCCUGCAGAACAUCCUCAAGAGCCAUCGGCCACUCAGUCGAGUCGAGAUGAAGAGGCUUUGCGAAAUCUUCUCCAGGAUGUUCUCAGAUCCUCACAGUAAGAGAGUGUUCAGCCUGUUUGUGGAGACCCUGGUGGAGUUCGUGGCGGUCCACCACAACGAGCUACACGAGUGGCUGACCGUGCUGCUCACCCAGCUGCUGAAGAAGACAGGGGCCGACCUGCUCGUCUCCGUGCACGCCAAACUCCAGAAGGCCCUCGACACCACGCGGACCUUGUUUCCCUUUGACCAGCAGUUCAGCAUCUUGAUGCGAUUCAUCGUGGAUCACGCACAGACCCCGAGCCUCAAGGUCAAGAUCGCCAUCCUGAAGUACAUCGAGAGCCUGUCGCGGCAGAUGGACCCCACGGACUUUGUGAACUCGAGCGAGGCGCGGCUCGCCAUGUCUCGCAUCAUCACUUGGACCACGGAGCCCAAGAGCUCCGACAUCAGGAAGGCGGCGCAGGCGGUGCUCAUCUCUCUGUUUGAGCUCAACACGGCCGAGUUCACCAUGCUGCUCGGCGCACUCCCCAAGACCUUCCAGGCCGCCGCCACCAAGCUCCUGAACUCGCACUCCCGCGCCACGGGGAUGUCCCCUUCGCAGGGGUGGGCGAGCGGAGUGGCGCACCGCCCCUCGUCGCAGUCCGGCACAGGGCGGACGCGGCCGCUGACAUCUCCAGGGAGCGCGUCGUCCCAGGAUUCAUUGUCCCUUGGACGCCCCUGCGGUUGGGGUGCAGUCAAUGGGCUGGUAAAGCAUGCCCCCUCCCCCGGCCAAACGCCCUCCAACCCCUCCCCCAGCACCCCCUCUUACAGCUGUGGCUUGCGACGAAAUUCCUCGCCCAGUGCACCGGAUUACGACACGGAGAACAUGAACUCGGACGACAUCUACAGCUCGCUGCGCGGCGUCACCGAGGCCAUCCAGAAUUUCCGCUUCCGCAGCCAGGAGGACGCCGCUGAACCCAUCAAGCGAGACGGCGGCGGCACUCUGUCCCGCGACGGGCGACUCUCCUCGUCCUCCUCCUCCGCUCCGGCGCCGGCCAUGUGCUCGAGCGAGCCGCAACGCAUCCCCCACCACCACCACAACCAGCACCACCACAACCAGCACCACCACAACCACGUGCCGGACGGCACGGACUGCGGCCGCCCGGCGCUGGACAACAAGACGUCGCUGCUCAACACUCCGUCGCAGCACGGCCUGCUGACGAGCUCCCGCAACCACGCUCCUGGCGGAUCCCCCGCCACCUUCAACAAAUCCGCCCUGCGAGAGGCCAUCUUCGACGACGACAUCGAGCAAUUUCAGGAUGACAUCCCGCUGGAGCACGGGGACAAGGUUGCCGAGCUUCUGCGGGAGCUGUCGGAGUGCGGCGAGUGCGUGGAGGAGCGCCAGGCGGCCCUGCUCGAGCUGCUCAAGGUCACGCGCGAGAACGCCAUGGGGCUCUGGGACGACCACUUCAAGACCGUGCUGCUGCUCCUCCUGGAAGCUCUCGUGGACAGCGAGCCGUCCAUCCGCGCGCUGUCUCUCCGCGUGCUGCGUGAAAUUCUGAGGACGCAGCCGUCGCGCUUCAAGAACUACGCCGAGCUCACCAUCAUGAAGAUCCUGGACGCGCACCGUGACCCGCAGAAAGAGGUGCUGCGUGCGCUGACCUAG